UAUAUAUAAAAUAUCUCGUAUUUUCCCACGUUUUUGUGUCGAACUGACUAAUAGGAAUAAUGAUUUUUGAAAUGCAAUGUAAUCUCUCGCACCGUCAAGUGACGCCCACUAAAGAACUACAAAGAAAAAGUUGGAAUCCUGAAAUCCACAGAUUUAUUGCAGAGCGUACUCUUACAUCUGUUUUUAAAGUAUUUUGAACAAGCAUGAAUAUAUGCCAGAGGGGUCUGAGCAUGACCUCAUGCAUGAGACGAGAGAUGCAUCUGAGGCAGAGGAGGAGACGCAACAAGAGAAACAGCCAACAGAAAAAAAGACGAAAAACACGAAAGCAGAGAAGAGGAAGAGUGUAACAGAGAAAACCGUUCAGGCCAAGAAGAAGAAAAGCAAUGAACAGAAAGAGUGUAUUAUUCCUAAGAAAGAGACGGAGGAUGCAACUUCAACAAAACCCAAAAAAAGGAGGAAGAAGAAGAAGACGAUUACAGACGUCUUGUCCUCUUCGGAGCCCAAACCAGGCUGUCCGGCAGACCUGCAGACCCUGGCCACGCUGUACUUCUCAGACAAGCGCUCUGUGAUCGAGCAGGAGGAGCUCAAGUUGCUGGACUCCUGCUUCCUGUCCAGUAAUGACUUGACGCACACCCUCUCCUCUUAUCUGAAACAGGUUUGUCCCAAGUGGUCGAAGAUUCAAAAGCAGCACACGCAGAAGAGUUCUGUGGUUCUGCUCAUCGUCUGUAGUUCUGCUCUCCGAGCCAUCGAGCUCCUUAAGCAGAUGACUACCUUCAAGGGUGAAGCCAAAGCAGUCAAACUUUUUGCAAAACAUAUCAAGAUAGAGGAGCAAGUGAAGCUGCUCCAAAAGGGCGUCACCCACAUCGGAGUGGGGACACCUGGCAGGCUCAGCGCUCUUAUUGACAAAGAGGGCUUGAGCUUGCAGGCGUUGAGAUACGUGGUUCUGGACUGGAACUGGAGGGACCAGAAGCUCAGAAGGAUGGUGGACUGUUCCUGAGGUGAAACUGGACUUCAUGAAGCUGCUGGAGAGUGGAAUCCUGACGGGUUGUAGAGAAGAGAAAGUCAAAAUUGGACUGUUUUAACGGCACACUUUGCUGUGUGCUGAUAGUCCGCGCGACGCCUUGAUGUUCUAAAGCUGCACACUGAUGUUCAUCGCGACACGCCGAGGGGCCUCAUCCUGUUUGUUCUCCCUUUUGUGUCUCUGUGAAAUCUGUGCUGUGCUUUUUUAUAUUUUCAGAGGCCGUUGUCAAAUGUGCGGUGUUUGUUCACUGUUGUUGUCCGACGCCUCCUCCCAGUGUUGAAUAAACGGACUCUGAAUGAAA